AUGCUCUUGCAGGAAAAGCUGAAAGCGGAAGGCGCUCUUCCGGACAAGGAUGCCACGGUGCACGACGUGGUGGCGGUGCUGCGGAGCCUGUUGAAGGAGCUGCCGGAGCCCGUGGUGCCCAAGUACCACACGUCCCUGAUGAAGCGGUGCAUGCGGCGGUCGGACGCCGUCGGUGUGCUGCGUACUGCCAUGCUUCUGCCCGAGACCCACCUGGCCGUGUUGUGUCUGCUGUGCGACCUGUUUGCCGGCAUCGCGGCCAACGCGCACGUGUCCCACAUGGACUCCAAGUGCCUGGCCAUCGUCAUGGCGCCCACGUUGCUGUACCAGGAGAAGCUUGGCGGGUCCGAGACGGAAUUGAAAGUCGUCUACCCUGCCAUACUGCAGACCUUCAUUGACAACUCGGAGAAGCUGGGGAUUAUUCCCGUGAAGACAAGCGGUGGAGAAAUGCCGAAACUUGUUUCGUUAACUGAACUUGACGUGGUUAAAUCGACGAGACGUGAUCGUCGAUCCAAAUCUGUCACGAGGACAAUAGCAAAGAUGAAGAAUUGGAUGCAGCAGCGCCGCGACGAUGAUGCGGAAGAUCCGGAAUCGAACGGACCUCAGUUUGAGCGGAAUUCGCGGAUCUCCGCGUCGGCGAUGAGCGAGCGGAAGCGGAAGAAAAAGAGGUUCUUGACGCCGACAAGGGAUCCCGUCGGACAAAGCAAGUUCUAUGACGACUCGGACGACGGGGCACCUGUGGCGGAAAAGCAGCCCAAGCUGAUGCCCGGCUCGGAGCGGAUGAGUCGGAGGGAAAUAUGGGUGGAGCUGCAAAAGAAAGAGGAUCUCCCAGUGCCGGCCAAUGUGGAAACGGAAAGCGUUUUGCUGGAAGAUAAUGACCCUCUGACGCCACAGGCGAAUUCCGUGCAGAAAGCUUUCGCUGACACCUGGCUUCGUUCAGAAUCUCUCAAAGCAGAACUCAGUCCCAUGUUGACGAAUAGAUCGAGGAAAGGCAGGUCGCCUAGUCAGCGUAGGAUCGACAGACGUCGUUCCGCGUCCCUCGGCACGGAAGCUGCCAACAAUAUGGAGAACCUGUCGCUCAAGACCCCUCAGGCCCCCGUCAUCCGCACCCCUCUGGCCCCGCUGAGCCAAGGUCGGUUUCACAGUCUUCGCCGGAAUAAGCCCAACACCGUGAGCAAUGGACUGCCGACAACGUUUCGAUCUGCUGUACGUGCGACUCCGUUGCGAGCCCUGGUGCUCACUGAGAACGACGAUGACACUCCCGAAAAGCCCUUGGAGUCCAAGAGACUCAGCUUUGUGAAGCCGUUUGAUGUUUCCGAAAUCGUCAAGCCUAAUCCGGAACUGGACAAGGAGACCGCGGAAAACCAAGCAACCGCUUUCAUGGAGCUUGCUCGGGAGUCGUGGAUCCCAGCACAAGACGUUUUCGGUCUCCCUGGCGGCAGUGCUGGGAAAAAGAGGCGGCAUAGAAGGCGACACGCGAAGGACCCGAGGCGCGUGAUGACCGCCGUCAUUGACUCUUCCGCGCUGCAAGGAGUGCGACUCAAACAGCGGAAAUCGGUUUCUAGUUCUCAAAUCCCUCUCAAGCCGAUCUGUUCGCCUUCAGCUGGCGUCUGGACAGUGGAAAGCAUUGAAUUCCGCGUGCCGAAAGCCCCGAGCACGCCGGCGGAUCUGCACAAGCGGUGCGACUCGGGUCAGCGCGAGUCCCGGAAGCGGAUGGCCGCCGAACGUUGGACCCCGGGCUCGGCCUACUUCGAAUCCGGCGCCGCCAUGACGCAGUCGGAACGGAAGGCGACCGUCCGCGACUCGGUCGCCCGCAUUCGUGAAGAGAACGUUGGCAAGGUCCGCGAGUUGGCUCAAAGGUACGACACUGACGUGAAGCGACGCGAGAGCUUCGUAGCGCCUCUGCCGCGAACCCUCUUCCACUGAAUGGGACAACAUCUCAGCACAUCGACGUUGAUUUUUUUUUUAUCAUGGUUUUGUACAUUUUUUUUUGUACUGUACCUGCGUUCUGAGUCGUCUUAAGAAUUUUCGGGGAAGCGUGAAAGCGGGGUAAAUAAAAUCUUGGCAUUCUUGGUAAUUCAUCGUGCAUUUGUUAUGCAAACAAA